UCCAAAUCGAAGCUCAAAACCCUAACCCUAGUUUUUCAUGGCUGUCGUCCGCGAGCGAAGGCUCCCUUCCCUAACCCUAGACCUUCCCGGCGGGAACCGGACUUGCCUUCCGUUGCCUCCUUCCAUCCCGACAGCGCCAGCGGCGGCGGCGGCGACAACGACAUCGGAGCAGCACCGGAUCACAGACUUCGAGAAGCUCGAGGUCCUUGGUCAUGGCAACGGCGGCACCGUCUACAAAGCCCGCCAUCGCCGCACCUCCGCCCUUUACGCUCUCAAGCUUAUCCAGGUCGCUGAUCUCACCGCCCGCCGCCAAGCCACCCGGGAGGUCGAGAUCCUCCGUAGCGCCGCCGACCAUCCCUCCAUCAUUCGCUGUCAUGGCGUCGUCUCGCUCGCAUCCGGCGACAUCGCGGUCCUCCUCGACCUCAUGGACGCCGGAUCCCUCGAAUCCCUCCUUCGCCGUCGCGGUGGCGCCCCUCUUCCCGAGCCAGCGCUCGCCGAGAUCGCUCGCCAAGCCCUCCUCGGCCUCUCCCACCUCCACAAUCACCAAAUCGCGCAUCGCGACAUCAAGCCAUCCAACCUCCUGAUCAACGCCGCCGGCGAGAUCAAGAUCGCCGACUUCGGCGUCAGCAAGAUCGUGCGCCGAUCGCUAGAUCCAUGCGUGUCGUACGUUGGUACCUGCGCGUAUAUGAGCCCGGAGAGGUUCGAUCCGGUGGAGCACGGUGGAGGGUACGAUGGCUACGCCGGCGACGUAUGGGGAUUAGGGUUGACGGUGAUGGAGAUGGGGACGGGGAGGUUCCCGCUGGUGCCGGAGGGGGAGAGGGCCAACUGGGCCGGGCUCAUGUGGGCGAUUUGCUUCGGCGAGCCGCCGACGAUCCCCGACUCGUCGGAUGCCUCGCCGGAGCUGAGGGAUUUCGUAGCACGGUGCCUUGAAAGGGAGGCUGGGCAACGAUGGACGGUGGCACAGUUGCUCGGCCACCCGUUCGUCGCCGGUGCUGAGGCUUCCGAGUCAAAGCGUGCGCUCACUGAGUUGCUACGAUUCGACUCGGUCACUACUGACUCACGUGAGUCUGGCUCGUGAGCUCGAAGAUUUUAAUUUUAUUUAUUUUAUUUUUUUGUGUAAAUAAAACCCUGUAAAUAGCUCGAGGGCGGGAAGUGAAGUAAUUUAUAAAUAUUUUAAUUUGGAAAUUUGAAGAUAUA